AUGCGUCGGAGACUUUUGUCAGAAUCUCAGGUUGAUAAGGAGUAUUUCAAUUCUCUCAUAGAACAACAAAAAGUUGAUGACAUUACAAUUGGAGUUUUUUAUCGUUCACGUACCUUGACAGUACUGGCUAUUAUCUGGUCGGGUUUAGUUUAUAUCGCUUUCUCAAAAUCGCCCACACAACCACUGCCGUAUAAUCUGUAUCAUGCGUUCAUUGCUGUGUGUGUCAUAUUUUUAUUGAUAUCAGUAAUGAUAAUGCCGAAUGGUCCAUUUAUCCGACCUCAUCCGGCGAUAUGGAGAAUCGUCUUCGGUGCUAGUUUGCUGUAUUUUCUCUGUCUAGUUGCAGUUGUAUUCCUCCGCUUGGAUGAAGCUCGGGCAGUUUUAAUUUGGGUUUAUCCUGAACUGAAGUAUAUGCGUCAUUCUGAUAUUCUUGACAAAGAGUACGCUGUCAAUUGUAGUCAGAUUUCCUUGGCUCGAGUCUAUUCACAUAUGGAUAUAUUUGCAGUUGCGCAUUUCUUUGGUUGGCUUGUUAAAGCUAUCCUUUUAAGACACCAUAUAAUUGCCUGGACUCUAUCAAUUAAUUGGGAGAUAACUGAAGUGGCUUUUUCCCAUAUUCUACCGAAUUUCAGUGAAUGUUGGUGGGAUAGCCUUAUACUGGAUGUGUUAGUGUGUAAUGGAUUAGGCAUACAAUGCGGUAUGUGGUUAUGUCGUUGGCUGGAGAUGCGUAACUACAAAUGGGAUUCUAUUAGAAAUAUACCCGGUGCACGGGGUAAAUUGAAACGUGCUUUUCUACAGUUCACACCACGCAGUUGGACACAUACACGUUGGCUACAUCCAGAUUCAUCUAUUUUGCGUAGUUUUCUGCUUAGUCAACUGAUCUUGGUCUGGCAGUUGGCUGAAUUGAAUUCAUUCUUUCUAAAGCAUAUAUUUAUUGUUAAACCUGGUCAUAUACUGACACAAUCACGCCUACUUUUGAUUACACUUAUUUCUGCACCAGCGAUAAGACAAUACUACUUAUAUGUAAUUGAUCCACAUAUAAAACGUGUUGGAUCUCAACUUUGGCUUUUCAUAGCAAUAGUGCUAACUGAAGGUUUAGUUUGCUUGAAACUUGGCAGCGAAAUAUUCGAGAAGACAGUUCUAUGGAAUCUUAUCUACUGGGUUGUUUGGAUGGUGUUUAGUUCCUUCUUAACAGUAUGGAUUGGACGAUAUUUAGCAAAUGGUCAUUAUUCAAUUAAAUAUUUUCGAAAAUCUGAUCGGAGUCAUAUUGAUACAAUUUCAUCAAUUGGUGAUUCACAGCUCAAUUCUGAGAAAACUUCUUGUAAUGAUGAUGGUAAAAAGAAUACCAAUAUUAAAUCGCGUCAGUGGAGAGAUAUUGGUCGAAUUAACCAUGAAGGUUGUUUUAUUGAGAAACGUGGAUGGAUUGUACCUCCUUUUGACAACAAUCCCUGGUGGACAUCUAUUGUUGCCCUUGGACCAUCUCUACUCGCUGUGAUUUUAAUAUUUAUGGAUCAGCAAAUUACAGCUGUCAUUGUUAAUCGACGUGAACAUAAAUUGAAGCACUUAAACUCUGAAAGGAGAGAAGUUUCAAAGUUCAAUAAAAGAAUUGAUUGGGAGGCGAUUUCACGUGGUCGUUAUUCAUGGAAAUCACAAGAAUAUCAAGAUUUAUGCGUUCAGUUGAAUGGUACAUGGAUAGGUAGCAGUUGUCGACCAUUCUAUGUACCAGAUGUUUUCUUCUUUUCAUGUAUCCUGUUUAUGGCAACAUUUAUACUUGCAUUCACUAUGAAAUCAAUGCGUAACUCGCCAUUCUUUCCUAAUCGUAUUCUCACGACUAAACUCACAUACCUCCCCUUCAACAGCGUACCACCUAUCUACAGGCAGGUGGUCGUUACACGCGAUUAA